AUGUCCAAGCAUCAUACCGAUCUUCUCCUGUGUCGUCGACAGCCUGGUGUCGCUAUUGGGCGCGUGUGCGAGAAGUGCGAUGGUCGAUGCCCAGUUUGCGACUCGCACGUCCGGCCAAUGACUCUGGUUCACGUCUGCGACGAAUGCUCCUUCGGUAACGGCGCCGGCAAGUGCAUCAUCUGUGGUUCGUCUGCCAUCUCAGACGCAUACUACUGCACAGAAUGCACACGGUUAGAGAAGGACCGUGACGGCUGCCCAAGGGUUAUCAAUCUGGGUGCGUCUCGUGUCGACGCCUUCUACGAACGGAAGAAACUUGGACAACAAGGAGGAGGAGGAGGGUUCAAGAAGGGAUAG